AUGGGUGAAUUCUUCUUCAACAUCGACCACGGCUACCUGGAGGGGCUGAUUCGUGGAUUCAAGGAGGGCAUCCUGACACAGGCCGACUACGCGAAUCUGGUGCAGUGCGAAACACUCGAAGAUAUCGAGGUUAUUGACGAACGAUUAAAGGAGAAGCUGGUAACGGAGUUCACUCAUCUGCGGCACAAUUCCGUGGAACCACUUUCCACAUUCCUGGAUUACAUCACGUAUUCCUACAUGAUUGAUAACAUCAUUCUACUGAUAACAGGAACGCUGCACCAGCGACCAAUUAACGAACUCAUCUCGAAAUGCCAUCCGCUUGGAUCGUUCGAGCAAAUGGAAGCAAUUCACAUUGCAUCAACGCCAGCCGAACUUUACAAUGCUGUUCUUGUGGACACUCCGCUAGCCCCAUAUUUUGUUGACUGCAUCAAUGAACAGGAUCUUGACGAAAUGAAUGUGGAGAUUAUUCGCAACACACUGUACCGCGCUUAUCUCGAAGACUUCUACAACUUUUGCAAACGUCUGGGCGGCAAAACCGCCGAAGUUAUGAGCGAAAUUCUCGCGUUUGAGGCAGAUCGACGUGCCAUUAUAAUAACAAUCAAUAGCUUCGAUACGGAGCUCUCAAAGGAUGAUCGUUCCAAGCUGUAUCCGCGUUGCGGGAAACUUUACCCUGAAGGUAAUCCUUUUAAAGCCGUACUAAUAUUGAUGCGAUAAAA